AUGACACAGACCGAGAGUGCUGAUACCCCUCAAGAUGACUACGAGGAGAUGCCCGGCGGUCCUGGUGCUCCCAUACCGGUGACGCAGCUGGUGGGUGUCGCUGGAUUGACGGAUAGAGAUGUCAAGUUAGUUGUCGAGGGUGGCUUUCACACCGUGGAGUCGAUUGCCUACACACCUCGUCGACAGUUGGAACAGAUCAAGGGAAUUUCCGAGGCCAAAGCAAGCAAACUGCUCAACGAAGCCAUGAAACUCGUCCCGAUGGGCUUUACGACGGCCACCGAAAUGCAUGCGCGACGCAGUGACCUUAUUUCCAUCACCACUGGCUCUAAGAACCUGGAUCGGCUUCUGGGAGGAGGUGUCGAGACCGGCUCCAUCACGGAAAUCUUUGGAGAAUUCCGAACCGGAAAGAGUCAGAUAUGUCACACAAUGGCCGUGACAUGUCAAUUGCCGUUUGACAUGGGAGGAGGAGAGGGAAAAUGUCUCUACAUCGACACUGAGGGCACGUUUCGACCAGUUCGGCUGCUGUCGGUAGCGAAUCGAUACGGUCUCGAGGGAGAAGAGGUGUUGGACAAUGUCGCAUACGCUCGGGCUUAUAACUCGGAACAUCAACUGCAACUUCUCCAACAAGCGUCCCAGAUGAUGUGCGAGACCCGAUUUUCACUGCUCAUCGUCGAUUCCGCCACCUCCUUAUACCGCACCGACUACAAUGGCAGAGGGGAAUUGUCGUCCAGGCAGUCACACAUGGCGAAAUUCCUGCGCACGCUUCAGCGACUGGCGGAUGAGUUUGGAAUCGCCGUCGUCAUCACCAAUCAGGUUGUGGCACAGGUGGACGGCGGACCCAGCUCCAUGUAUAACCCCGACCCGAAGAAACCAAUCGGCGGGAACAUCAUUGCUCACGCGAGUACGACCCGGCUGAGUUUGAAGAAGGGACGAGGCGAGACGCGAAUCUGCAAGAUCUACGACAGUCCAUGCUUGCCGGAGAGCGACACCUUGUUUGCCAUUUAUGAGCAUGGAAUUGGCGAUCCUCAACCCAAGGAUGAUAAGGAAUGA